CUCAGUGAAAGUGUUACAUCAUUGUCGUGUGGUUGUUCCUAGUUACAUGUUACCUGGAUCAUUGCGGUGAAGAUUAUCAUCUUGAGAUAUGUAUAUCACCCGCUGCCAUAACUACCAUCAUCUAUUGGUUUUGAUAUGCUUUGCUAUCCUCGUGGAAAUAUGUCAAGCUCGCAGAAGCCGAACAGUGAGACGCGUUCGAACCCGUUAUGGUAGUACUUCUACUGGGACAUCCUCUUCCUCCCCGGCUACUGCGGAUGUGAUAUUGAUUUCAUGUGCUGUAAUUGGCGUGGUAUGCAUUCUAGGAGGUAUCUACUCAUGUUGCCGUCAAUGGAUGAAAAGUCAAGCCCAAAAAGAGGAACAGGAAAAACAGGCCGUGAUUGCUACCCAAGCUCAACAUGCUGCGAGUAACGAUCAAGCCGCUACCAACCACGCGUUAUCAUCUUAUACCCAACCCGGUAAAGGAACUUAUUCGACAGGUCCUGGAUAUACAAAGACAUCCAUUCCACUGUAUCCUCUAGAAAUGGCACCACCAACUUACAAUCAAGCCAUCACUUCAACAGAAUACACCUAUCAGAGUGCAGAGGAUUCUUAUGAAAAGUAUCGAACGGAUGAUGUAACUCAGGAGGCGAGUUGGCUCAGUCGGUAAAGCGUCUGCCUGUCGA